AUGCUCCUCCCCCACACGCCUCCCCCUCUCCUCCCUUACACGCCUCACCCUUUCUCUCUCCUUCUCUUUGCAGGAAACACGUUGUGUAAGUCCGGAAGCAUUGCUGUGUUUGGGAACGUGGUGUACAGCGGUCUGCUGAACGAGCACCUGUGGCAUCUGGGAGUGCCCCUCUUCACCAGACUGGUAAGGACCACAGCCACAUGGGCUUUCUACUCUCUGCAAAGUGCUAUGUGCUACGUCCCUAUGAGCGACGUCCCUAUGUUCUACGUCCCCUAUGAGCGACGUCCCCUAUGA